UACCAAUGGAAGAGGAUUCACAAGGCAAUAGAGAGGUCCAGUAUUCUCCAGGAGAGCCUGAUAAAGCUGGUAGAAGCCUGUAAUGACCAGAGCCACAGUAUGGACCGCUGGCUCAGUAAACUAGAGGCUUCUAACUGGCAGACUCACGUCAAGGAGAUCCUCACUACUGCCUGUCUGGCUGCUCAGUGCAUCGACAGGGAGGGUGCGUCAGUACUUGUGCACGGGACAGAGGGGACAGACUCGACCCUACAGGUGACGUCUCUGGCUCAGAUCAUCCUGGACCCAGCCUGCAGGACCAUCCAGGGAUURCAAACUUUAGUGGAGAGAGAGUGGCUGCAGGCGGGCCAUCCGUUCCAGCAGCGUUGUUCCCAGUCAGCCUACAGUAACAGUAAGCCUCGUUGUGAAGCUCCGGUGUUCCUGCUCUUCCUAGACUGUGUGUGGCAGAUCCUCCGCCAGUUCCCCUGCUCCUUCCAGUUCUCGCAACACUUCCUGGUUCUGCUCUUCGAACACGCCUACGCCUCGCAGUUCGGGACCUUCGUGGGCAACAGCGCCUCCGAGAGGUCUAAGUUGAACCUGUCUAAAGGAACCAGUCUCUCGGUGUCGUGGUGA